UAUUAGUUUUGUGGUUACAACUGAAUCAAUAAUGUUAUCAGACGAAUGUAGGCUUCAGUAUGAGUAUAAAUAAUGUAAUUCAUAUCAAGCCCCUUUAGUACAGCUCCAAACUUACAACAAACUCAAGUUGUUCAAAUUAAUUUAACGGACUAAAAACCGAUCCAAAAUGAACAAUUACAUACAAGUUAUAGUUCUGUUAGUACUAGUCUCCGUUGCUAUAGAUUGUGUCACACCACGCAACAAGUUUGAAAAAGGGCUACUAAGAUUAAUAGAGAAAUGUCGUAACGGCGACGUCGAGUCGUUGCCGGUUGCAUUUCCUUCGCUCAAGCCUCUACGGAUUCCUCCUAUGAAGUUUGAUUAUGACGGAUAUAGAAUGUCGCUCAGUGAAAUAAAGGUCAAAGGGUUGGAAGAUUUAUCAGUAGAAAAGCUAUCUGCAUCUCCGGAAAAUAUGACGAUAUCGAUGGAAAUAUUCAUACCCACGCUGGCUAUCCGCGCAGACCGGUACCAUAUGCAGGGCACAAUAAUGUACAUAAUCUCGAUAGACGACAAGGGUGUACUCAAGUCCAAUGUCGAUAGCAUACGAGCCCGAGCUAACAUAAGGUUCGGGGCUAAAGGAAAAGACACGGUUGUGACUGACCUCAAGCUCGACUAUUCAGUCAGUGACAUUCAGAUACAACUUGGUGGCAGCAGUGACACCGUAAACAGCGUUGCAUACGACAUAAUAUCGGAUCUGAUAAACGACAGCGAAAUGAAGAGCCGGCUUCAACAUUUAAUCAAAACCCAGGCGAAUGAAUAUCUCCGGGGGCAUACACCUCAACAAUUCGUUGAAAUAGUUUCUAGCAUAUGAAUUAUUACUUUAUUAUUUUAAAGCAUUU